CGAAACGAUUUCUCUCUUCGCUGUUUACGGACGAUCCUAGGCAGUGACGGUUGCGAUUUACUCUUUGUGGCGGUUAAUGUGCAUCAGCCGGCUUUCUAAUGGGUAAGCGUAACCUUGUGAAAGUUGUUGCGUAAACAGUCAUAACAUAUUUUCCUCAAGUAAAGAUAGUUAAGCAAAGUAAAUGAUGUCUGAGGAGUGAAAUACAGGUUUUCAGCUUGGGCAUUUUAAAUACAUUUUCAAUGAAUAAAUAAAUUUUAUGACGAUUAAAAUAAAAUUUUUAGUGUCGGAUGAUGAGCAAACACUUCAUUUUAUUUAAACACUUUCUUUAAACUGCUGACAUUAUUUUGUAUCGCAAACAAAUUAGAACGUUUUAGGUGAUAUUGACCUAAAAUUAUACUUUACGAAAAGGUGCAGAUUCAAUCGAAAACAUUUUAAUCAAAAUUCGUUUGAGAAUGAAAUUUGGCGCAAUAUAGUGAUUAGGUGGUAUAUGUAUAUUUUCAACAUAAAAUGACAAUUCCAUUCAAUGAUGUGAGUUUUCCGUUUCGCUGUUAUUCUUAUUGUUGAAAUGAAAGAUUUGUUUCGAUAGAAAAAGGAAAAUUUACAUAGUUUCCAUAAAUGUAGUUCUGUAAAUUAGGUUACGUUUGAUGUUACCGAUACUUUGCAAUAAAAUUAUUUGCACUUUAUUCUUCCAAAUAGCUUCUCAAAGCAGAAAGUUUCAGCAAUAUAUAUAUAUAUAUAGAGAGAGAGAGAGAGAGAGAAAGUAUCGAAAAAGGCUUAUUAAAAUGAAACCAAAAGCAAACAAAUAUUAUGUAACUUUGUUUUAUUCUACAGUUCUUUCUAAACUUAUAUAAACUCCAACGGAAAAAUAUAUUCGAUAAACAAUGAAUAGCAGAGCAUAUUUCAAUUCAUUUUCCAGUAUGGAUAUGUGGUCUGCAUUUGAAGCUUUGCUGCUAAAAAGGAGCCAAGAUGAGAAUGUCAGAAAUCUACAAAGCUCUUAAUCAAGCAAUGUAUAUCUCUUUUAAAAUGUCUUUUAUAUGUGGACCAUUUCUUACGUGUAAGAUAUUAGCAUUUUCAUCUCAUGAUGUCUUUACACUAACCUGUAAUGAUCUUUUAAGCAAAAAUUACUUGUAAGUAUCACUGGAGGAAAUGACGAUUUACUUAAAAACAGUUUCGCCUGUCAUCUUGAUAAUAUGUGUUGGACUUGUCGAAAAUUGCUACAAAUUUCCAGCUGACAUGACUGAUCCCUGUGAAGACAAGGAGUGUCAUUUCGGCGCCCAAUGCCGACCAUCACCGGACGGUCAGACGAGCGAAUGCGUCUGUCCAGAAAAAUGUGCGACGUAUGGAGAUAGUCGAGGAUCGCGACCUGUCUGUGGAACGGAUGGUCAGGACUAUCCUAACGUGUGUGAACUACGGAGAACUGCGUGUCGAGAGAAGAAAGAGAUAACUGUCAAAUUUCAAGGCAGAUGUGACCCGUGCGAAGAAGUGGAAUGUCCAGCUUCCCAGGUAUGCCAACUGGAUAACAACAGAAAUCCGAUCUGUAGGUGCAACGCUAUCUGUUCUCCUGACUUCAGGCCUGUUUGUGGAUCAGAUGGAAAAACAUACAUCAACGAAUGCACACUUCGGGUGGAGUCCUGUAAAUCUAGAAGGAGUCUGAGGAUCAUCUUCAGCGGCGAAUGCAGUUCAGCAUUUCGCAUGUUAACUCAAGGUGCCAAUCCUUGUGAGAAUCUGCAGUGUGGGCCAGGCCAAGAAUGUGAUAUUGACAGGUAUGGAAUUGCCACUUGCCAGUGUCGUCCGAGCUGUGAACCAGUUAUGCGGCCAGUCUGCGCGGAUGAUGGCAAGACUUACCCCAACGCCUGUGAAAUGAGGAAAAUUGGCUGCCAAGGUCAAACUCUGUUGACUGUCAUCUACCGAGGAGCAUGUGGCGCUCCUGGGACUUGCUUUGAACAUGUUUGCGAACACGGAGCUUUGUGCCUCAUGAAAAACCGGCAUCCUGUUUGUGAAUGUCCUCAGUGCGCGGAAGAAUUUGAUCCUGUCUGCGGCACCGAUGGCAUUUCUUACAUCAAUGAAUGCAAACUCCGUCGAGAGGCGUGCGAACAAAUGAAGAAGAUUGCAGUGGCUUACCAAGGUCUUUGCAGUGGAUGUGAACACAAGCAUUGCGAAUAUUACGCUGCCUGUGAAAGUGAUUCUGAAGGAGUUGGACGAUGCGUUUGCCCUAAAAACUGCGUAAAGGUGGAUGCAGUAAUUUGUGGCACAGAUGGCGUGACGUACAGAAAUGAGUGUGAAAUGAGAGUAGCAGCAUGUGAGAAAGAGCAGUAUGUUAUGGUUGGAUCCCGAGGACCAUGUGAUCUAUGUCAGAAUGUCCACUGCAAGCACGGUGCAAGAUGCGAAGGUGGUCAUUGCAUCUGUGCUUUCGACUGCCCAGAUGCCUACGAUCCGGUGUGUGGUAGCGAUGGAACCACUUACAGGAACGACUGCGAAAUGAGGCGUGGUUCAUGUCAGAAAGGCAUCAACCUAGCUACUGUGUUUUUUGGAGAAUGUGACAGGACGCUUUCCGGGCCAAGAGAAGAACAUGAUGUAAGCAUGCACAGUCUAACUUGUGAGAUGGCCAACUGCCGCUUCGGAGGUGUAUGUGAUCACGACCCCAGAGGAUAUGUGCAUUGCGUUUGCACAUUCCACUGUUCUCCAAUUCGCGACCGUGUCUGCGGAUCCGAUGGAAGACUUUACGAGAAUGAGUGCUAUCUUAGAGAAGAAGCAUGCAGCCUGCAGCAGAAUAUAGAAAUUGUUGCGCCGGAAAACUGUGGAGUUGUCUCACUGAGUGUUUGUCUCCAAUCUCCCUUUGGUUGCUGUCCAGAUGGAAGAACUUUAGCCUUAGGUCCCAAUGCUGCAGGAUGCCCCAGUACUUGCAACUGCAACCGUUUAGGAUCAUACGGCGGGAGUUGUGAUUCCAUAUCUGGUCAGUGUGAAUGCAAAACUGGUGUGGGUGGACUUCGCUGCGACAGAUGUGAGCCUGGAUAUUGGGGUCUCCAUAAGAUAGUGGCGGAUGGGAAUGUUGGUUGUCUUCCUUGUGAUUGCAAUAUGCAAGGUUCUGCCCGUGACGAUUGUGAGCAAAUGACUGGACGAUGUGUGUGUAAACAUGGAAUUCUGGGAAUGAAAUGUGACAUUUGUCCGGAAGGCACAGUUUUGGGACCAGAUGGUUGUAUGGAUGAAUCACUAGCACAGUCUUAUCCUGGGUCAUGCUCUCAACUUCACUGCAAAUUUGGUGCUAUCUGCAAGGAAUCUGGAGGAAGAUCGCAGUGUUUUUGCGAGAUCUCUUGUCCCCCAAUAUCCGCCCCAGCACCAGUUUGCGGAUCAGAUGGAAAUACUUAUGUCACAAAUUGCCAGAUGAGCCUCUUCAGCUGUCGCUACCAGAAGCCAAUCACUGUCAGACAACAAGGACCAUGCAAACCCGGUGGCAUAAUAAUUGGUGCUGAAGACGUCUCUCCCACCGCGGGCCCUGUCAGAAGAUCAACUGUGCAGAAAACCACACUUGAUCAGUAUGAAUCUAAAUCUACUAGGGAUGUUAGCCAUUCAGAACAGUUUUAUCUCAGCACUGGCCCAACAACAUCAAAGACACCAAUAGACAAUACACCCGUAGAAAUCCCAGCAUUUUCCGGAUCUUCUUAUUUGGAACUUCCCAAACUCCAAGCAUAUACGCGUCUUUCUUUAGAACUGGAAUUCAGGUCUUUCGGCAGCAAUGGCAUCCUUUUAUAUAACGGGCAAACGCCCUCCGGAGCUGGAGACUUUGUUUCCCUUUCCGUUAAAGAUGGUUUCGUUGAAUUCAGGUACAACCUAGGUAGCGGCCCCGUAAUACUGAAGUCCCCCCACCGGCUGCAGCAGGGUCGUUUUCAUCGAUUAGUUGCCAAGCGAUACCUCAGGGACGGUGUUCUUACACUAGACGGUCAAGAAGAUGUUGCAGGCCACAGCGAAGGAACUUUGAAAUCAUUAGAUUUAUCAGAGAAUAUGUUUUUGGGUUACAUUCCGAACGAAAACAAAGGCAUUUUCGAGAACAUUGGAAUAUCCAGAGGUUUGACUGGCUGCAUCCGUCGCUUGAGAGUUGGCCAAAAAGAUGUGAAUUUAACGUACCCUUUAUCUAAGGACAUAAUACAGGGCCAAAAUAUAAGGGAGUGUCGCGGACGACCGUGUAAUACGAUGCCUUGCCAAAAUGGUGGGGCAUGCAUACCAAAUGAAGGAGAGACAUUCAAGUGCCUGUGCGCUGAAGGAUUUUCAGGGGAUAUGUGUGAAAAAUCUGAAGAUCCUUGUGCCAGUUUUCCUUGUGCCAACGGAGCUACUUGCAUUUCCCACGCCGACAAUGAGUUUACUUGUAUAUGUGAUAAAGGAUAUAGUGGGAAGUUUUGUGAACAUAAACCGUCCAAGCCAGUUAUCAUCGAAGAAGUCUACAUUCCCGACCUGGACGGGACUGCCUUCCUCGAGUUGCCAACGUUACCGAAUGUGGGUCAGGAGUUUGUCAUUGAGCUCUGGUUUCUGUCGCGAGCUGACGACGGAAUGCUCCUUUACAAUGGGCAAGAAUCUUUAGGAAGAGGAGACUUCGUGUCUCUUAAUUUAUUCAAUCGAUAUGUGCAGUUCCUCUAUGAUCUCGGGAGUGGUGUUGCCAACAUCACGUAAGUA